UUUAUUAUCAGUGAAUAUUUUAUUCAGGAGUUAUCAUUUAGCUAUGCUGGUAAUUAAUAAAUCAUGUUGUAAAUUAUAAACGAAAUAAACUACAGUACUAACAGUUAGGUAUGCGUACUGUACUGUUAUGUAUAUACCAACAACAUAACAUAGUCUUGCCAUUAUUAUUGACGUCUAACGUCUAAGCAGCAAGCAUUCAAUUAUAAGCUCUUAUACACGCAUUAUAAACAUACUGUAAAAUUAUAAAAGUUUCUACAGUUAAUAAAGAUGCAAUAAGAGUUCAUUAUUGAGAGACUGAUUUUCAUGAAAUAUUGAUAAAAUGUUUGUAUAUUUAAGUAAAAAGAUAGCAAUACCGAACAAUUUUCGGUUAAAUUGCAUAGCAUGGAAUCAGAAAGAAGGUUACAUAGCAGUCGGUGGAGAAGAUGGACUUUUGAAAGUCCUCAGAGUAGACUCGAAUGCAAGCGGAUCCACCAGUGGAGGAAAAUCUAGAAACCUGACUGCUGCCAGUAACUUGAGUAUGAACCAGACCUUGGAAGGGCACAAUGGGCAUGUGCAAGUUGUUAUUUGGAAUGAAAAACAUCAAAAAUUGACCUCGAGCGAUCAAAAUGGUGUGAUCAUAGUUUGGAUGUUGUACAAGGGUUCUUGGUAUGAUGAAAUGAUAAAUAAUUGCAAUAAGUCAAUAGUUAAAGGAAUGGCAUGGAGUCUAGAUGGCUUGAAAAUUUGCAUAGUCUAUGAAGAUGGAGCAGUUAUUGUGGGUUCAGUUGAUGGUAAUAGAAUCUGGGGCAAAGAAUUGAAAAACGUAGCUCUUGCAGCUGUACAAUGGUCCCCUGAUGGGAAAUUGUUGUUGUUUGGUAUAAAAAAUGGGGAAGUACAUCUCUAUGAUAACCAGGGUGUGUUUCUGACAAAGUUGAACAUGAUACCGGUCAGUGGAGGGCAAAUUCAAACGAUAGCGUCACUGCAGUGGUAUGAUGGCAGAAAUGGUUACAUCGGAUUAGACUGUCCUACUUUGGCUGUAUGUUACAGAAAUGGCAAAGUACAGCUUAUGAAAGAUACAAGUGAUGAUAAUCCAAUUGUAAUAGAGACCGGUAUGUCAGCUGCAUGGUGCUGUUGGAAUAGCUGUGGGUCUGUCUUAGCUGUAACUGGGACAGUACCAUUAUUGGGUACUGGCGAAACAAAGGAUACGAAUGUCAUUCAAUUCUAUUCACCGUUUGGCAAACAUAUGAGGACCUUAAAAAUUCCUGGACGAGAAGUCACUUGUUGUGCGUGGGAAGGUGGAUCUCUCAGAGUAGCUCUAUCGGUCGACUCCCAUAUUUAUUUCGCCAAUAUUCGUUUGGAUUACAAGUGGACUUACUUCAGCAAUACGGUCGUUUAUACGAACGAGAAAAUCGUUAAAGAUGGCAUUUGCAUAUGGUUUUGGAAUACAACGAACAACACGUGUUGUACUAAAAAUGUACGAGCAUUGAUUUCCAUAGCUUCACACGGAGAUCAUUGCGUUUUGGCAGUGAAAAAUGAUGUUGCUCAAGGAUUAGAACAGUUUGCACUCCUCGUAUGCAACACAAUAGCCACUCCGAUAGAUACGAAGUUCAUAAAUCUGGAACCAUUAUGGGUGACUAUGACUAAUCACAUAAUUGUCACAGCAUCCAAGAAUAACUUCUUAGUUUGGAACUAUCGCACUCCUCGUAAUUCUAUGUUACAUGCAGGACGAAUUAGAAGAGACAAGAUUUAUCACAUUGACGAAACUCCGACAGGAGUAACAGAAGUUAUCCAAGAUUUGGAUAAAGAUAGAUCUUUUGAGACACCUAUCAAUACAAAGGCAACUAUGGAUCCAAUUUGUUGUUUGUGUGCAUCUGAUAAAAUUCUAUUGAUAGGUAGAGAAUCUGGAGUUAUUCAAAGAUAUUCUUUAUCUCAGAUAACUCUUACGAACAGGUACAACACGUCGUGUAGACUCUGUAAGAUUGCAAUUAAUUGUGAUUCAUCUCGUGCGUCUAUUAUGGACACAAGCGGUGUCUUGACUAUGUUGGAUUUAGAGACUGAUCCCAAGAAGAAUAUUUCAAAGAAUGGAGAAUCAGAAGAUGAGAUAAGCAAAUUUGAAAGAAAAGACGUAUGGGCAAUGUGUUGGGCGCAAGAUAAUCCUGCGUUAUUGGCGAUUAUUGAAAAAACUAGGAUGUACAUUUUAAGAGAAUUUGAUCCCGAAGAGCCAAUAUCCUGUUCUGGGUACAUUUGUUCGUUUCAUGAUUUAGAGAUACGUUGCGUUUUACUGGAUGAUCUUAUGCAGAAACCAGAAGACACGAAAAAUGAAUUGAUCGUGGAUUUAGAAGUGAAAUCUCUCAGAGAUACUAGAGAACUAUUGAUGAAAGUGGGACUGAAAGAAGCUAACAAUUUUAUUCAAGACAAUUCACAUCCGAGGCUGUGGCGCCUAUUAGCAGAGUCUGCUUUACAGAAAUUAGAUUUGGAGACUGCGGAAAACGCAAUGGUUCGUUGUACAGAUUACUUAGGCAUACAGUUCAUCAAACGUUUACAGAAUGUACACAACGAUCAGCUGAAAAAGGCCGAGGUAGCUGCCUUCCUCGGUAAGUAUGAUGAAGCAGAAAAAUUGUACUUAGACAUGGACAGAAGAGAUUUAGCUAUUUCACUGCGUCAAAAAUUAGGAGAUUAUUUUCGAGUAGUGCAAUUAAUGAAAAUGGGUAUCGGAGGAUCCGAUAAACAGAUGGAAUACGCGUACAAUAAAAUUGGCGAGUACUAUGCCGAGAGACAGAACUGGGAAGAUGCGAGAGAAUAUUACGAGAAAAGCAGGAAUUUAGAAAGACUCAUAGAAUGUUACUACAAAUUAGAAGAUUUUGUACAACUGACGAGUACGAUACAACAAUUACCAGAUAAAAGCCCUCUUUUAAAAACAGUGGCAAAAAUGUUGGCUUCCGUGGGAAUGUGUUCCCAGGCAGUGACGGCUUACAUAAGAUACGGAGAUGUGAAACUAGCCGUGGAUACGUGUGUUCGCUUGAACCAUUGGGAUCAAGCGGUUGAACUGGCACGCACUUACAAGAUGGCACAAAUAGGUGAAUUGUUAAACAAAUAUGCCAAUCAUCUCUUAUCUAAUGGGAAGAGAUUGCAAGCUAUAGAAUUGUACAAGAAGGCGAACUACAAUUUGGAGGCGGCGAAACUACUUUUUCAAUUAGCGCAAGAGCAAGCAAAGACUAGGACGAAUCCAUUGAGAGUAAAGAAAAUUUACGUUCUAGCAGCUCUAUUGAUUGAGGAUCAUAUCAACAGCAUUCCAGCAAGUAAAGGUGGACGUAGUAAUGUUGUAAUGGGCUUGACGGAGAAUAACGAAGAUAGCCGUGUGAUAGAGAACGCUUGGAGAGGUGCAGAAGCUUAUCAUUUUCUCUUAUUAGCCCACAGGCAGAUAUAUUCAGGGAACUUUGAUGCAGCUAUGAAAACAGCUUUGAGACUCAGGGAUUACGAAGAUAUUCUACAACUCGAAGACAUUUAUUGCUUGCUGGCUCUAUCCAGUGCAGUUAAUCGCGCUUUUUCAGUUUGUUCCAAAGCAUUUAUCAAAUUAGAGUCUUUAGAGACUAUUUCAGAAACAGUUAAAGAAGAGUAUGAAGAUUUAGCUGUGGACAUAUUCACUAAGCACAAUCCCCAAGAUGUUUGUAAUUCUAAAUCUGAAUGCGCCAACUGUGAGAGUUUGAUACCUGAUUGGUGCGUCGCCUGUCCUAAUUGCAUGACUAGGUUCCCUCCCUGCAUCAUCUCUGGGAAACCACUGAUGAAUCUGAGCAAUGCAUGGAUCUGUACCGUUUGCAGACAUCACGUCGCUACUGAACGCGAUGUAGUUAAUAUUAAUGCUUGCCCCUUGUGUCACAGCACAGUUACGUACAUGUAAUCUUUAGACACAUAUUCUAUAUGAUACACUUUAAUGAAAAAAGAAAAAAUUAUGCUACGCUUUUAUACUCGUGUACGUUCCUUAAAAAAAUUGUCUUUGAUCUCUUUAAAAGUUUAAAGGUUUGGGUACCUGAUUGAAUUAUUUGUAGGCGAACUUUUAUUACAUGACCUUUGAUUGUUAUAUCGUAUAUAAGAUAAGUACAUUUUCUCGGAAACAGUAUUAGGCGCACGUCAAUUUAUAAGAUUUAUUGUAAGAAAAAGAAAAAUUGAUUUCAUCUCUUCGCUCAAUAUUUUCUUACUUUUCGUCUAUUGAACUUCUUUUUUAUCAUGCACGCUUAGGUAUUUAUACACUCCAGUAGAUUCUUAAGAUUAGUUAUUUAUGUAUUAGUUAGUUUAUGAUUUUUAAUUUGUACUAUACAAUCCGUCCGAUAAUUGAAAAAUUAAUUCCGUCCAAUGCGAUAAUGAUACUAUUUCUUAAUGUCGUUUAUAUCGUUAUUCAUUUGUAUUAAAUAUAUUUUAAAAUCA